UGCGUUUAACUUGUAGAGUUCAUUCUGGAAAGAAGUUUUUUUGAAGAAGGUUAUAUCACGUGGAAACGUUUUCACACUUGUGACAAAGUAAAAAUGAUUUUAUUUCCAAAAGAAUUUAUCAAAUGGCUACAAGCAAAAAAGGCCAAUAUAUAUGAUGUUAUAUUUUUCAUACAUUCUAAAUGGACAGCAGUCAUUUUGUGGAUGUUUACAUUAUUGCUUUCUGCUAAGCAAUAUUUUGGCGAUCCAAUUGAAUGUAUGACAGACUCAAAAUUUAAGAACUACAUUCAUUCUUACUGUUGGACGAUGGGCACUUUUUUAAUUCCAAGCUCAACGGACGAUUUGAGAAACGAAAUAGCCGUAGGCGUUGGUCCACGGAGAUUUGACAAGGAGAAUGUAAAUUUGCGCUAUUAUCAGUGGGUUGUCGUAGUUUUGCUCCUAGAAGGUUUAUUGUUUUACAUGCCAGCCUUUCUUUGGGAAAUAUGGGAAGAUAAACGUUUGGAGCAACUAUGCUCAGCAGUUGUUGCACCAUUGAUAACAAUCGAUGAACAUAAAAAACAUACAAAUUUGAUUAAAGCGUAUCUUUCGAAAGACAACAGAAAUACACAUCAACAAUACGCAAUGAAAUACUUCAUAUGUGAAUUCCUUAAUUUGAUGAUAAGUGUAAGUUGAAAUUUUUGUGGCAGAGCCAGUAACCUUAUCAACUUUUUUUCAGCAGAUUGGCAAUAUAAUAUUUCUACACUUCUUCCUGGAUGGAUUUUGGUCCAAGUAUAUGAAAGCGUUGUAUACUAUCUCUUUUAAUAAUUGGCACCUUUGGAAUCAACAUUCUUCACAAAUAUUUCCAAAAAUGGCCAAAUGCACUUUCUAUACAUAUGGUCCAAGUGGCUCUAUUAAAAUCCAUGACGCUGUUUGCAUGUUACCUUUGAAUGUACUCAACGAAAAGCUGUUUGCUUUCCUUUGGAUUUGGUUUGUACUCAUGUCAAUCUUAGCAGCUCAAAAGGUAAUUUACCGUUUGGCGUUAAUCGCUUUUCCUACUAUGCGUGUACACUUAAUUCGCAUAAACGCACGUCACAUGGCUGUCCAGGAUAUAAGAC